AUGGCAGGGACCGCUGAUGAUCUAAUAUUCAUCUGUCCAGCAAUGCGGAAACCUGAGAUGCAGUGGUGGAUACUAGUGUUGGUAUGUGCUGCAGUACUGCAGUCAGUGCUGACCACCAAAGUGCUCUUCCUGGGGCCUAUCUCUUCAAAAAGUCACAAGAACUUUUAUAUGGGCAUUGUUAAUGCCUUGGCGGACGAUAACAUCCAGGUUACAAUGGUGUCGCCAUUUAAGUCAUCAAAGGUGCGGGAAAAUGUUCAUGAGGUAGUCUUCUCAGGCGGGGAUCUUUCUCGUCAAGUUCCAAAUUUGUUUACUGGAAAUAAAAUGACAGCCCCUAUGGCAAUGAUGACGAUUUUGCCGGAACUUUGUGUUGAUGCUCUAGGAACGAAAGAAGUUCAAAAUUUACUGAAGGAAGAUUUUGACUUGGUUCUCCUCAGCGUGUUCGUGUCUGAGUGUUUCUUGUCAGCAGUUCAUCAGAUGAAGGUUCCUUUUAUAUACGUGAGUCCAGCAGGGUUGAUUGCACCAGCACCAUCAAUAAUAGGAAAUACUCGCUUUCCCUCCUAUGAUGUAUCUUUCAUGUUGGAUUUCAAACAUCCUAUGACGUUCAUGGAGAGAGCAAUCAGUACUCUGUCUGAUGUUGCUAUGGACGCUAUGUUCUUUUACUAUUUAUCACCAAGAAUGGAAUCUGAAUGUCGUCGCCGCGGCCUUUGUCCAGAUGAUAUGCCCAGUCUUUCGGAAAUCGGUUCAAAUGCAAGUCUUGUACUGAUUAAUAGUGUUCAAACCAUCGAUUACCCAGCUCGUCCUUUUGUUCCCGCCGUGGUUUAUUGUGGAGGGAUACACCUGCGUCCAGCACAACCUCUCUCACAAGAGCUUGAAGACUGGGUACAAGGUGCUGGUGAUGCUGGCUUCAUCUUCUUCAGUCUUGGCUCAGCUGUCACGCCCUCCAGUAUGCCAGAGGAGUAA